AUGCCUUUAAAGCCAUUUUUCCCGUUCAAUCAGGACCACCCAACCUUUCCCGCUGAAUUGCGCAUCUGUCAGAAAGACUUCUCGUCAAGGAACGCGGCGAAAGGAGCUACGCCCAUUCUACAAGAUGAUCGGAUGAACCACAGCUUUAUCUUCGAAAAAGAAUGCCGCGAAGCUUUUUCUGGAUUUUUCCGUCACGGAUCAAAGGACUUUUGUUUUGUCGAAAACAUGAAUCCUAACCUCCUCACGGAGAUCUUUUUCGAGAUCAAGCAUAGUUCCAAUCCUUCAGAAUACGCAGAUAUCACAGCUGCAGUACGAGGCAUUCGCGAUUCGUCCAAGUUCUUCUUCGUCAGCUGCGGCUAUCAAGAUCCCGAGUAUAUCAUUGUUCGCACAUAUCCCAAGUUUAGAUACUUCGAUUGGAACGACCAGUCGAAAAUUGAUAAUCUCAAUCUCUUUCGAAUGGCAGCUAUUGCGGAGGGUUGUGGCGUCGUUGCUUUUUCUGGAAGCGGUAAAAUACUCCCUCCUUCUGAGAUGAGAUUGAUGAUUGAAGUAACAGCUGAAGAGCUAAGAUCGAAGGAGCCAAGGGUAUCUACUAUCAUAGAGUCUUCUAUUGAUGAUAUGCAGGAUGAUACCCGCGUCUCAAACAGCUCUGAGGCACAAAGUUUGCAAGCACAUCCGUCGGCAUCAAAGUUUCAAUUUCGACCAGAUGCAUCUCCAUUUCAACCAGCUCCGUCCAUAUCUCAGGUCAACGACAGGCAGUCACAGUUUUAUCCCGGAACACUUGAAAGAGACCACCAGUUUCGACCAACUGCAUGGUCUUUCCAACCAGCUCCGUCCAUCUUUCAGGUCAAUGACAGGCAGUCCCAGUCUUUUCCUGGACCACUUGAAAGAGCCAGAGCUCGCAGAGCACUGGGAUUUAGGCAAGGACUGCAGAGUCUUAAAGAGCCCGAAAAACAUGUGCAAAAACUACUCGUUCAAUCAGAACACAGUCAUGAAACAUUAUAUCAGUAUAACCGACGACAUGUCGACAACCAAGGUCAAAGUCUAGGAUCUGGAAUGCAGCAACAACGUGAAAAAUUCACGUCUCCUCACUAUCCUCAGCAAAAUAUUGUGACCCGAUUUCAAGAACAGGCAUUUGGGAUGAGACAAUUGUCUAUCCACCACGGAAGUGGUAUUUUCCCUGCUCAAGAGCUCGGAACGUCACCGCAACAGACACGACAAACUUAUGGACAUAUGCCCCGAUAUGCAACAACACAACACUACACUCUACCACAGAACCAAAGUUACAAUUUGCAGCAGCAUCAUCAUCAUCAUCAUCAUCAUCAUCAUCAUCAAGGCUUCAACCAGUUUCGAGCCCAAAGUGAUAUGAUGGAUAAGCGGUAUGACCAGACAAGCGCAUUACAAUUCAAAAAUCAAGUCUGCGGAAUUUAUCAACAAUAUGGUCAAGGCCAACAAACCAUUGAACGGCCUCAACUUCAUUGGCCUCACGCACCUCGUCAAUUUGUCCAACGAGAUCACAAUAACUCCCAGAGUCUUGUAGCACCUCAACAAAGUGCCCAGCAGAACUCUGUCCCUCUCCAGGUCGAAAGAUUCUGGGACCCCCAGCAAGCACGGCAAAUUCGUUAUCAAUUUGAGAACCCAACCGCUGUAGACUUUCAACAGGACGAACAAGACAGUAAUGAUAGCCAAGUUUCCAAAGCACAGAAAGUUCAACCUGCAACUGAACAGAAUGAUCUAGACCCUCUUUCUGAGUCCAAGCACUGA